AUGGCACACAAAAUCACAGUGACCUUGCCCCAGCUGGCAAAGAUGAUCGACCACUCGCUUCUUCACCCCACCAUGACAGAUGCCGACAUCAUAGCCGGCCUCAAAAUCGCCCGCGACAACCACGUCGCAACUGCCUGCGUCAAACCCUACGCCAUCCCCUUAGCCAAGAAAGAGCUUGCCGGAACAGACGUUCUGGUCUGUCCGGUCAUCGGAUUCCCCCACGGCAACAGUACCACCGAGAUCAAGGUCCUCGAAGCCACCGCUGCAGCCAAGGCUGGCGGAGCCGAGAUCGACAUGGUAGUCAAUGUCGGCAAGGUCCUCGGGGAGGAUUGGGACUAUGUGGCGGAGGAAAUUCGCCAGAUCAAUGAGGCUGUGGUUGCCAAUGGGGCUGUUUUGAAGGUCAUCUUCGAGAAUGAUUACUUACGACCUGAGCAUAUUGCUCGUCUAUGUGAGAUUUGUACUCAGAUUGGAGUUGCGUUUGUCAAGACAUCGACCGGAUAUGGAUUCGUGAAGCAGCUGGAUGGCGCGUACAAUUACAAGGGUGCUACCGUGCAAGCUCUCAAGUUGAUGCGGGAGAAGUCGGGCGAGAAGGUGCAGAUUAAGGCUGCGGGAGGAGUUCGUACGUUGGAUGAUUUGCUGCAUGUUAUGAGUCUGGGUGUUACUCGCAUUGGGGCCACGGCUACUGUCGCAAUUUUGGAGGACGCCAGGAAGCGUGGGAUAGGAAAUGAGCCUGUCGAGGUGGAGUUUAAGCCGAUGGCGGAGGCAUCCGGGGGGUACUGA